AUGUCUUAUCCACCAUUUGAAUUGGGAAAAAGUCGAUAUGAUCUCAAUACUUAUUGGGGACGAUUUUUACAUUUUAUGAAUAUUAUUGAUCCUCGUACAUUACUUGUCAACGAUAAAAAAUUAAAUGAAUGUCGUCAGUUACUCGAGCAAUAUGAAUCAAAAACUUUACCAGCUAAUGUUACUGAUAAAGAAUUAUGGGAAGCACAAAAGACCGUGCAAGCAAUUGUUCAUCCGGAUACCGGAAAGAAAAUUUUUAUGCCAUUUAGAAUGGCUGGAUAUGUCCCAUUUGGUACACCGAUUGUGGUUGGUCUUCUUCUGCCAGAUCCAACACUUAAACAAAUUAUUUUUUGGCAAUGGUUUAAUCAAAGUCAUAAUGCUGGUGUUAAUUAUGCAAAUAGAAAUGCUACACAACAUACACCAGUAUCAAAAUUUGCGAUUGGCUAUUUAAGUGCUGUUACAGUAUCAGUUUCAAUUGCUGUUGGUUUAACCAUGAUAAUUCGACGUGCAAAAUCACUUCCACCAACACUCAAGAAUGUCGUGCAACGAUUUGUUCCAUUACCCGCUGUCGCAUGUGCAAGUACAUGUAAUGUUCUUUUUAUGCGUUUUCAUGAAUUAUAUGAUGGCAUUGAAGUCCUUGAUGAAAAAGAUAAACCAAUUGGUGUUUCAAAAGUAGCAGCUAAAAAGGCUUUAACUGAAAUGGCAAUGGCACGUGCAUUUUUACCAGUACCAAUUUUUUUCUUUCCACCUGUUAUUAUGUUAGCAUUCGAAAAGAAUAUACUUCGUCGUUUUCCACGUAUGAGUUUACCAUUAAAUACACUUGCCUGUACUCUUUCAUUUGGUUUGGCAUUACCAAUGUCGAUUGCAUUAUUUCCACAAAAAGCUAAAGUGGCUACCAAUGAACUUGAAAAAGAAAUUCAAGCCAAAACAAAUUUACCUUAUGUUUAUUAUAAUAAAGGACUCUAA